AUGCCUGAAGAAGAAGCAACGUGUUCCUCUUUAAGGAAAAAAUCAACAGUUACUAUUACAGGAUAUUGUAAUUUUAAAUGUUUUAUGAAAAAAAUUGUAACAUAUGUUGAAUUGAGUAAUGAAGCUUUAGAGGUAUAUGAAAGUGAAAAAAUGUAUAAAAAAAAGAAAAUACCAAAGAUAAUUAUUGUAUUGUCACAUGUUUUUAAUGUUUCUGAUCAUUGGGAUCCAAAAUUGAAACGAUGUAUUAAUAUUACCACUCCUGAUGAUGUAUUUUUAUUAAAAUUCAAGGAUGAUGAGAUGGAUAGUUGGUUGAAUGAGUUAAAAGAAGCAAUUGUCGCAGCAAGAGCCUGUGAAUUUCAAAGACCAUUUUUCAUAGAACAGUUUUUUGAAGCUGUAUGGGAAGGCGUGAUAGUUGGAAAUCCAAAAGUUAAAAAAAAAAUGACAAAAUACGACAAAGUUCCAAACAUAUGUGCAAAAAGUACAGAAUUAAAUAACCGUGUAAUACGGUUAUGUUACUAUCCUCAUUCUGUUAUUGUUUGUAAUCGUGGUAUCACAAUACAGACGAAUGAUUUACCAGAAUCUGAAUUUCCUCCAUUUCCAAAGUCCCAAUUUAUUGAAAUUGAAAAAAUAUAUUUAUCUAAUUAUGGAAGUCAAGAAAAUUAUGUAAUUUUACGAAUGGGAAGAAGUAGUACAUAUGGAUGUUGUGAAAUAUGGAUUAAAAUGGAAAAUAAUUUAGUUGCUGAGAAUGCUCAUAAUAAAUUGUCAUCAAUUAUUGAAAGGCAAAAAGAAAAAAGAAAUUUUAUAUUUCAUGGGCAACCAAAUUCGGAAAUGGAGAAGAGUUAUCAAAUGUUAACGAAAAAUGAAAAUUAUGCUCCUGAUGAGGAAGCAGAACAUCGUGCACGAUUUAAUAGUUUUGAUGGUAAUGCUGAGAUGUAUUCAGCUUAUCAAAAAUUAGUAAAAAAUAAGAUGCGUGAAGAAGAACAAAAUAAAUGUGAUAUUUUACCAAAUUCUAUUCCUUCUGUUGUUGGAAAUGAUGAACCAAAGAGGAAUGAUGAAAAUAUGAAACAAGGAAAUAAAUCACCUGAUAAUGUUGAAAGAAAAUCAUCAGGAUUAAAAAUAUUUAAUCCUUUAUCUUUAAUAAAAGAUCGAACAUUUUCAAUGAAAGGAAAAAAUUAUAAUAAAGAUAAAUCAAUUGAUGAAAUACAAAAUGAUAAUGAAAAUAAAAAAAAAUAUCCUUCAAAUGAUGAUUAUCAAUUUCCACAACCAUUUAAUACAUGGCAAAUGCAAAUAUCACAAAUAUCAAAAAAUAAUAUAAAAUUAUUUGAAGAUACUGAAACAGAAGAUAGUGGUGGAACAUUAAAAUUUGUGGAACAGGAAGAAAUUUUAUCUAAUAAAAGUGGUGAAACAAUAAAUCCUGAUUCAAUAGAUUUUACCACAAAUAAUAGUGAUAUUUAUUGUAAAGAUGAUUAUAUUGAUAUGCAUACUACUAUCAAUAAUGAAAUGAUUGAAGAAGAGGAAGAAGAAGAGGAAAGAUUAGAGGAAUGUAUUUAUGAUGAAAAUUUAUCACCAGGUGAAUGUUAUAAUGGUAUUCAUACAGAUUCUUCAAUGUCAUGUCAAAGUUCAAUAUGUAGUGUUCUUGGAGUUGAUGAUGAAGAAAUUUUAUCACAUUCAUCAUCUAUUUCAAGUAAACGACAUGCAGAUUUUUUAAAUUCAACAAAUGAAGAUUUAAGAAAUUCUCUUGGAAGAUGUAUACAUUAUGAUGAUGAGGGAGAGUAUACACCAAUGGAUUCUAAUCCAUCAUACAAUUCACCAACACAUCUAUCAGUUCCUAAUUCAUAUGAUCAUCAUGAUGAUCAAAGAAAUUUGAAUUAUGAUUCAAGUGAUAGUUGUUACUCAUCUAUACAAGCAACUAAUAGUGGUCGAAGUCACGGUACCCGAACAGAUUCUUUUUCAACAAAUAUACAUUCAAGAACAAGUACUAUGUCAAGUUCAGCAAGUAGUUAUGCUACCAAACAUAUAUAUCAUUCAACAUUAAAUGGUAGAAAAAAUACAAUUCAUGGAACUAGUGGUUUUACAACAAAAAGUAAUCAAGUUAAUGCUAUUCUUGAAAGUGAUAUAUCUAUUAAAGAUAAUCAAGAUAUUGAAAUUAUUUCUGAUCCUAGAAAAAGAGCUUUUUCAUUAGGAUCUAAAAAUUUAUUAGCAUCAAAAUGGGGUAACAAAAUUAGUCAAAUUGGAAGGGAAAAUAUAUCAACAAUUACUUCACAAAAUUCACAAAAAAAUUUAUCUAAUGGUGGUUUUGAAUGUUUUUCAGGUAAAACAUUACUUCCUAUUAAAAAUUCUCAAAGUUCUGGUGAUGUACAAAGUAAUAUUAAAAUAAAUUCUUCAACAAAUUCUUUAAAAUCAAAUCGAUCUGGUAGUAUAAAUUCAACUACAAGUUCAGUUUCCUCAAAAACAACUGAAAUAAUGGAACAAAAAGAUAAUGAAUAUUUUAUGGAAAUGGAUUUUAGUGGUUUUCUAGCAAGUGGAUUUAUUGGUGGUUUAACUGAUAGUCACUCAUCAUUUAAUUCAAAUCCAUUGUCAUGUGUUAUGAGAGAUAGAAAAGCUUCAAAUGGUAGUAAAAGUUCAACAAAUACAAGUUUAGAUGGAAAAGUAAAGUCAAGAAAGACAAGUUCAGUUAAACCAACACCAUUUAAUGGUUCAUCAAAAUCUAUAAAUAAAACAAAAAAACAUGACUUUGAUAAUUUAACAGCUGCUAUGAGUGAAGUUAAAUGUUUCAUUGAUUCACCAAUACCAAUUAAUAGUAAUAAUACUAUUCCUAAAAAAUCAUCUUCAAAUGAAAAAAAAGAAAAAAAAAGUCAUGGUAAAGUAUCAACAACCUCUUUAUCAUCUUCAAUUACUGAGAAUAGAGAAAGAACAGGUAGUCAAUCUAAAAGUAAUAAUACUAAAAAACAAUCUUCUAAACGUUCUUCGUCACCUACUGUUUUUGAUAAUCCAAAUGAAUCAGCACUUCAAAAUAUUAUGAAAUCUCAAGGAGACUAUAUUUUAUGUGCUCCAGCUGCUAACUAA